CGCGCGGCCCAUUCACUAAGCGCCGGCCCGGGGGCCCCCCGAGCGGUCCCAGCCAGUCGAGCAGCGCACGCGCGCGCUCACAGUCGAGCUCGGGCAUGCGAGCUGGAGCGCGCAGGUGACGAGGAGGCGGUGGAAGCUCCGCUCGACGCCGGUGCAUCAUCCUCGAAGAGCGACAUGACGAUCAUGGGAAAGAAGUACGUGGAUUGCACGAUAUUGGGCAGCGGGGGUGGCGCGGAGGCUGAGGACUCGUCUUACGACAGCGACUACGAGGUCGAGGAGGACAGCACGUCGGCGCAGUACGAUAACAAGCUCGCGACAACGGCCCACUCGGAUGUCUCGCGCCAGGCCUCCGAUACCCUGGCGGCUGAGUUCGCCGAGUACGUCACGGUCCAUGGGGCGUUGCAGAAUAUCGGCGCCGCGACGCCGGCUCACAAUACCCCAGGCUACGCCGCUCGAGUGGAGUUCGCCCUCAAGCUCGGCUAUACGGAGCGACUGGUUCAAGCGGCACUGCAGAAGCUGGGCCCCGAACCCGGGCAAAACGAGCUACUCGCCGAGUUGAUAAAGCUCGGGGCGAGCGGGGCGCCGAGGCUCGCCGAAACGGCGGACGAGUCGGCGGCCGAGGCCCUCCUGCCGACGGACGGCGUCGAGGAGGCGACGGCGGGCCCGGAACACGAGGCCCUUCGCCCCGUCGUUGUCGACGGCAGUAACGUCGCCAUGAGCCAUGGCAACAAGGAGGUCUUCUCUUGCCGUGGCAUUAAGAUUUGCGUCGAUUGGUUGCGCGCCCGCGGCCACCGCGAGAUCACCGUCUUCGUGCCCAAGUGGCGUAAGGAGGCCUCGCGGCCCGAUAAUCCAAUCGUCGAGCAGGACAUACUGGCCGAGCUCGAGCGCGAUCGGCUCCUCGUCUUCACGCCCUCGAGGCUCGUCGGUGGUAAGCGGAUGGUCUGUUACGACGACCGCUACAUACUGAGGCUGGCCGCGGAGGUCGAUGGCAUCGUCGUCAGCAACGACAAUUAUCGGGACCUCGCUCAGGAGAAUCCCGAGUUCCGAAAGGUCGUCGAGGAGAGGAUUCUCAUGUACAGCUUCGUCAACGAUCGCUUCAUGCCGCCGGACGAUCCGCUCGGUAGGAGUGGACCGACCCUCGACAACUUCCUCAGAGUCGGACUUAGGCGCUCGGAGCCCGCUCCACCCUGCCCAUACGCAAAGAAGUGCACGUACGGCAACAAAUGCAAGUUCCGGCACCCGGAGCGCGGCUCACAUCCGCACAAGUCGGUGACGGAGAGACUCGUCGAGCACGCUCAGCGCCACCUGCAGGCGCGCGGGCCCAGCCUCAGCCUGCCCUUGACUGUCCAGCAUGCGUUCCUCAGCAAGACGAGCUCCUGGGCGGCCGGCGAUCCCAGCCCCGCCUCCAAGAGCAGAUCCGCGGAGAAUGUCACCGCGGAGGGGCCACAGAGCCACGUCGUACCCAUCGCUUACGCGCAGUCCAUCCUCGCAGCUCAAACAACUCAAGGGUAUCCAUCUUCGCUUGGAUGGAUAGCGCCUAGAAUUGUAAAUCCUGAUCCAGAGCCGGCGAACAUGCACAGGAAACUCCAGCGCCAGUUGACGCUGAAUCCCAAUUGCGAUCCGCGAAUCAAUCGUUUACCAGUAUACCAUCAGCAGCAGCAACAGCAACAGCAACAGCAACAGCAACAGCAUCAACAGUUAACAGUACGCGUCAGUAAUGAUUCCUCCUAUCCGGUCUCAAUGAGCUGGGAGCGACAUCGCCAGUAUCGUCAUCAACAUGUGACUCGGAUAGCAUCCGCUCCGGGAUCCUAUCGGGCCUGGCCACCUCGUGUCAGCGGCAACAACGCGAGCGUUGGGAACGUCACCGGAGCCUCGUUGACUCUACCUAUCCAACGUCUCGGCACCUCGGAUCCCCAGCUGAAUCUCUUAAGCGGUCACGCUUCGAUCCUGCAAGCACCCACCUGGGAAACGAGCCAGCAUCAUCAGGAUGCUCGCAGGCAUCUGCAUUACCACCUGGCCAACAUCUUCCCCGAGGAGCAAGUGCAGGCGGCGAUGGCUCUUCAUCCGCGUAAGACCGAUCCUCAGCAGAUCUGCGCGGCCAUUCUCACGAUGUUCCCGAAACUCUAAGCCGGAAAUUAUAAUUUUCAUCAUCCGGUGCCGCGCGAAGCAGGUUGAUGCGCUCGUUUCACGUGCCGACGGGGCUGAGCGUUCCUCGCGUCUAACGACUUCUCGAGCUCAACAAUCUACAAAAGACUCUUAUUAUUGCUUAAGAUGCUCUCCUUGGACUCUCGACUCGGCUUCUAUUGGUCGACAAGCCGUUACGCUCGUAACUU